GUAUGAUAAAAGCAAUUUAACAAAGGUAAAAAAAAAGAAAUUGUGAGUCUAAGCAAAAACAUUUAAGCAACAGAACAUUGUUUAAACAAAUGACAACCUGGAUGUUCGCACUCUCUUCACUGGAGCUCUGUAAAUACUUUAUAUGAAAAAAGAGAUGGCUGUUUUUACGCUUUUGGGGUUUAAAAAAGGAAAGUGGGGGGCUUUCUCUUUCUCUGCCUCUUGACAGCCUGCUAGUUGCUGCUUUUGGUAAAGACGCAACAGAAGCUUUGGAUAUAUACCUUUCUAAUCUUUCUUUCCAUCCAAAGAAUAAAAUAUAACAACUUGACUUUGAGGUCAAGUAGAUAUAGACUAGCCAAAGUGUGUGUAUGUGCAUCUGCAUCUUCUUUGAUUAGUCUGUAAGGUGCAAAUCUGCCCCGAUGUCUACAUGGUAUGACUUACAGAGCUCCUUAAAAUUAUUAACCAAAAUUUUCCAUAUUUUUUGACAAUCCAAGAGCUCUGUCCAUUUGCAGCUUACAAACUCAGGGUGUUUGUCAGAAGGUGGGGCUCCUUCAUAUUUUGAUUCUCCCCCUGCCCCACCUCCCCAGCUCAUUCAUAGUUAGGAUAAUCUGACUGCUGUUGAAAUCUUUCCCAUAGACUCCAUAAUGCCUCCUUAGUAGUUUAAGAUUGCUGACUCCUGGUUUUUUAAAAAACAAUACUGACAAAUACAAGUCAGACCCUUAACAAAAAUGAGCAUGUUGAGCUGUGAAGAUGCCAGUGACACAAUUAGAGUAUAAGUAUUAUCACUCUUGUUUUGCUUUAUUGGAGUCUAAUUUCCAUGUGCUUGGUUGUAUUAAAAUAAAUCGCAAUGCAUCCUCUGUGUGCUCUUCCUAUUGGCAUAAGCCUGACAGUGGUCAGCAGUAAAUCCCACUGCACAGAGGCUUUUCCAGCCAGUGCAGAUGGGACAAGCCUGCCUUCAGCUCUGCUGGAGAAAUUGUGAUUAAGACUUCGUUUGCUAUUGCAGAUGGAAACCACUGGCUGGAUUUUUCUGUUACAGGUACCAGCCUUGACUCUCUUAUACUGAAAAAAACAAAACAAAAACUUGGGGGUGCUCUUUGGCCCAUUUGUGAAAACUAAUUUUGCUUGCAAAGCAGAGGGGAAGGUAAUCUCUCUUUUUGCAGAGGUGAAUGUCUACAAAUAUUGCCAGGAGGUUGGUAACUCAUAGGUCAAAGGGAUAUGUAAUGCCAUUGUCUCAUGGCAUUGCACUCCCGUUACCCUUUCUUUUAUUUUCUUGAAACUUAACCUGCUGUCACAAUAUAUGAACAUGGAUUUCCUUUUUCAACACCAAGGAGCAUGAAACAAUGGUGGUAUUCAGGUUAUGGCAUGUUGCAUGAAGCUGCAUGAGUAAUUUCAUUAGACUAACCCCAACAUGUUUGAGGCACUGCAAAAAAUAUUUUCAGACGUGUUCAAAUUCACUAACCAUGCAUCUUUGAGUUGCUCAUUUGAGAUAAUGGUGCUUAUCUGGAAGUAUAAGUUUAUCAGUCCCUUGUGCAUUCCUGAGUGUGCAUCCUUUAUAUAGUACCCUUGAAGACCCCUCAUUGAAAUCCAUUCUUUCCCUUAAAUUCUGUAUUGUAGUGAAACAGAUGAGCACGGUGCAUCUGCAUGUAUUUGGUGGGGGGGGAAGCACGUGCUUCUCCCUGAAGAGAAUUUCAAAUGAGCCUGUGACUAAACCAGCAGCUAAAUUCAGUGUUGAUUCCAUAGGUGUCUUGCUUCAUUUUGGAUCACCAUCAAAUCUGAAUUAAUGCAAAAUGACCUAGUUGAUUUGUAGCUGCAGUUAACUUUUGAAGACGCAGUUCAGGGUUGUAUGGAUUACACGAACAGUCAUCAGUGUGCGCUUGCAGAAAGAAGACAGCAACAGGGAAUGCAGUCAUGCAUUAGCUUCUGAAGCACAAAGUUUUCAACAGAAUGCAACUCUAAGGAAAAGUUGGAUGGGGAAACUCUUUCUUACUUUCCAACAGGAGCAGCAUGGCAUAAGACUGCAACAGAAGACGGCUGUAAGGCAUGAACACCGAAUCCGACUGGGAUUCACAAGAAUACAGGUUUGCUUUGGGACACACCCCUGUUGGAUUUAAUACCUGCCCUGCUAGUGACAACUUUCAGCUAUGGAAUCGACGGUUGACGACGAGGCGAUGGCAGCAUAAAUGAAGAUCAAGUAAGCACGGCAGAACGAUGCCCAAGGGUGGGUGUUCUAAAACACCACAGUCAGAAGAUUUCUCUCUCAGCAACGACAUGGUGGAGAAACAAACGGGGAAAAAGGAUAAAGAUAAAGUUUCUCUAACCAAGACUCCAAAGUUGGACCGGAGUGAUGGCGGCAAAGAGGUGAAAGAGAGAGCUACCAAACGGAAGUUGCCUUUCACUGUUGGAACAAAUGGAGAUCAAAAAGACUCAGAUACAGAAAAGCAGGGUCCGGAGCGGAAGAGGAUUAAAAAGGAGCCUGCCACGAGGAAGCCCGGCUUGCUGUUCGGCAUGGGCCUUUCAGGGAUCCGGGCCGGGUACCCGCUCUCCGAGCGCCAGCAAGUCGCUCUUCUCAUGCAGAUGACAGCGGAGGAAUCUGCAAACAGCCCAGUCGACACGACACCAAAGCACCCCUCUCAGUCUGCCGUGUGUCAGAAGGGAACGCCCAACUCUGCCUCCAAAACCAAAGAUAAAGUCAACAAGAGGAACGAGCGUGGAGAGACGCGGCUGCACAGAGCCGCCAUCCGCGGGGAUGCCCGGCGCAUCAAGGAGCUCAUCAUCGAGGGCGCGGACGUCAACGUGAAAGACUUCGCAGGCUGGACGGCAUUGCACGAGGCAUGUAACCGGGGUUACUACGACGUUGCAAAGCAGUUGCUUGCUGCCGGCGCCGAAGUCAACACCAAGGGGUUGGAUGACGACACGCCGCUGCACGACGCGGCUAAUAACGGGCACUUCAAGGUGGUGAAAUUGUUGUUGCAUUAUGGGGGGAACCCUCAUCAGAGCAACCGCAAAGGAGAGACGCCUCUAAAAGUCGCCAACUCCCCCUCCAUGGUGAAUCUGCUGCUGGGAAAGACCACCUACGCCUCCAGCGAAGAGAGCUCCACAGAGAGCUCUGAGGAGGAGGACGCCCCUUCCUUCGCACCAUCCAGCUCCGUAGACGGCAAUAACACAGACUCCGAAUUCGAAAAAGGCUUGAAGCACAAGACCAAGAGCCAAGAGCCCCCCAAAACCAUCACGCCGGUCAAGGACGAGUACGAGUUUGACGAGGAUGACGAGCAGGACCGAGUCCCGCCAGUGGACGACAAGCAUUUGCUGAAAAAGGAUUACAGGAAAGAGACUAAAACCAACAGUUUUAUUUCCAUUCCCAAAAUGGAGGUAAAAACCUAUACAAAAAAUAACACGAUCACACCAAAGAAAGCCGCCCACCGCAUCCUCUCGGACACGUCGGACGAAGAAGACACCAGCGUGGCCGUGGGGUCCGGAGAGAAGCUGCGGCUCUCGACGCACACGAUACUGCCCAGCAGCAAGAUUCGGGAGCCGCCCAACGCCAAGCAGCAGAAAGAGAAGAGCAAGGUGAAGAAGAAGCGGAAGAAGGAGACGAAGAGCAAAGAGGUUCGGUUCGGCAAAAAAAAUGACAAGUUCUGCUCCUCUGAAUCGGAGAGCGAGAACGUGGAGAGCGAGGAGGAUGACAGAGACUCUGUGCAAAGCUCUAGCUGUGUAAAGGACUCUAGGCUAGUGCUAAAGGAAUCCUCCUUGUUCAACUCUCUCUCUGCCUCUUCCACCUCCUCGCACGGGAGUUUAGCUUCACAGAAACAUAACCCUAACCUGACAGAGCACUCCAAGCACUGGAGGACGGACAAUUGGAAAACCAUCUCUUCUCCGGCUUGGUCAGAUGUCUCUUCCUUGUCGGACUCCACAAGGACGAGACUGACAAGCGAGUCGGACUACACGUCCGAGGACUCCAGCUUAGAGUCGUUAAAACCCGUGAGAAAGAAACAGGACCACAAAAAGAAAAAUAACCCCCACAAUGCGGUCUCGGAGAAGAAGAAUUCAUUCCACCCCAGCGUGGACGGAGCGAUCCCAAAGCUGGACAAGGAGGGGAAGGUCGUUAAAAAACAUAAAACGAAGCAUAAACACAAAAACAAAGAGAAGGGGCAGUGUCAGCUCAACCAGGACAUUAAAAUCAUCAAACCUUUUUCUUUCGAAUAUGAGGACUCGAAGCAAAAGCCCGACAAGGGGUUGCUUGUAGAGACUGAAAACACAGUGGAAAAUAAAUUAAAAGUGUUAAAGCAUGAGAGAGAACACUUCAAGAAGGAUGAGAAGCUCCCUAAGGGGAAAUCGGAGGAGAAGGAGUGGUUGUUUAAAGAUGAGUCUGGAAAAGCCUCCAAAGAAGAGAAAUCAUUCAAAAAAGUCAAAGAGGGGAGCAAAGACCUCGGUAAAUCUUUCAGAGAGGAGAAGUCAAGUAAAUCGGAAAAAGAGAAACCUAUAAAGGAGAAAUCUCCCAAAGAGGAGAAGCCUCGAAUACACAAGGAGGAGAGAAAGAAGAAGUCAAAGGACAAACAGUCAAAAUCGGAAAAGAAAAACGAUCUCAAGGAGGAGAAAAUUGCGAAGCUGGAGAAAGAAAAAACUUUCAAAGAGGAGAAAGAAAAAUGUAAAAAAGAGAAAGUUUACAGAGAGGAGCCGGGAUUUGACGAGUUCAAUAACAAAGCCCAGUUUCCAGAAAGCGAGGACACAAAGUUCAGCCUUUCUGAUGAUCAGCAAGAGAGAUGGUUUUCCGACUUGUCGUCUGAUUCCUCCUUUGAUUUCAAAGGGGAGGAUAGCUGGGACUCUCUAGUAACCGAAUUCAGGGAGAUGAAGAACGACACCGUGGCCAAAAUAAUCUUGGAAACGGCCAAGGAGGAAAGCAAAGACAAGAAAAAGGAGAACAAAACGAAAGAAAAGAAAGACUACAACGAAAAGCGCGGUGAGAAAGACGCUUUCCUAAAAAAGAAAGAGCGAGAAUACGUGGAAAAAAAUUCCGAGAAGAAAAAGGACCAAACUGAAAAGCAUAAAGUGACUCCCGGCUACCUGCUGGAGAAGGACAAGAAAAGGAAGGAUUCUGCCGAAAGCGUAAAAGAGAGGAAGGAGAAGGAUGCAGGCGAUGCCGGCAAAGAGAGGAAGGAUUCUUCCGACAGCGCGAAAGAUCGAAAGGAGGUGAAAGUUAAGCAAGAGGAGCCCUAUCGAGAUGAGUUUAAAGACUAUGGUUGUGACACGUUCUUCAAAGACAAAUCUGACCCUGAAUUCAGUGGGAAAAAUGCCGAGAGCUGGGAAAGGCAUCAUCCAGGGAAGGAAAAGGAGAAGAAAGAUGCUCCUGACAAAGACAAGAAGGAGAAACUGAAGCCCGAAAAAUACAAAGAGAAAUCCAAAGACGGCGACAAAGAGAAAAACGAAAAAGCGGUUGCGGAGAAGAGCCAGAAAGACAAAGAGCUGGAUAAGAGCUUUAAAGAGAAGAAAGACACCAAGGAGAAAUACAAGGAUCUGCAUAACAAAGACAAAGAGAGGAAGACUUCCUUCGACCAGAUGAAAGACAAGAAAGAGAAAAACUUCUCCGCAGAAAGAGAGGACUUCCCUGAGAAAAAAGAUGAGAAAAAAGGCAAAGAAAAGAGCUGGUACAGCAUCGCCGAUAUCUUCACAGAUGAAAGCGAAGACGAGAAGGAUGAUUACAGCUUGAGCGCCUUCAAAAUCGGGGAGCCCGUUGGGAGCGAACUGCACCGGAUGGACGGCUUGCAAGAGAAAGAUGAUGGCGCGGCUGCCGAAAAGGAGCUUUAUCUCGCCGACAGGCACCGCAAGUACUCCUCAGAUAGGCAGCAUUUGGGCGAGAAACAGAAAGACAAAGACUCGAAAGAAAAGAAGAAGGACAAAGGGUCAGCGGAAGGCGGGAAGGACAAAAAAGAGAAGAACUCCUUUGAAAAACACAAAGACAAGAAGGAUAAAGAUGCCGGGGAGAAGUAUAAGGACAGGAAAGACAGGACCUCGGUAGACUCCACCCAGGAAAAGAAAAGCAAGCAGAAGAUCCCGGAAAAGGCGGAGAAGAAGCAUGCCAGCGAGGACAAGGUGAAGAACAAGCACAAGGACAAGGUGGACAAAGAGCACUCCAAAGAGAGGAAGUCUUCAAAGGGGGGAGAGCCGGAGAAGAGCCUGCUGGAGAAACUGGAGCAGGAGGCGCUCAACGAGUAUCGGGAUGACUCGAACGAUAAAAUAAGUGAAAUUUCUUCAGAUAGCUUCACAGAUAAAGGGCAAGACCCAAGCCUCACCAACCUCUUUGAGUCGUCCAAUCUUUCCCUGACGGACGCUUCGGAGGAAAAGUUUAAGGAUUCCCUUCCUUUACCCUGCUUGCAAGACAAACUCAAGGAGAAGGAGAGGCACAGGCACUCCUCGUCUUCGUCCAAGAAGAGUCACGAGAAGGAGAAAGGAAAGAAGGAAAAAACAGAGAAAAAAGAAAAAGCGGAUGAGUUUAAAGACACCGGGAGCAGAAAAGAUUCGGCUCAGUAUGAAAAAGACUUCUCGGUGGAUGGGGAAGCUUUCGGCAUUUCCUACAAUAUGAAAGCAGAGGCCGACGAAGAACCGGACAAAAGCAUGGACUACUUAUUUCCUGAAAAGAAGGAUAAGAACGAUGCCGAGAGAGAGCUGUCCAAGAAGUUGGAGAAGGAAAAGACUUACGGUUCGAGCGCUGUCAGCUCAGCCAAAGAGAAGAAGAAGAGGGAAAAACACAAGGAGAAGUGGAAGGAAGAAAAGGAAAAGCACAGAGACAAGCACGCGGACGGGUUCUUCAAGCACCACAAAGAGGACCCGAAGUCGGCGGCGAAAGACAAGGACAGCCCCCAAGUGGCCACUUUCAAAGAGAAGUCGAAGGAGGAGACCCUGAAAUUCAGCGAAACCAAACUGAAGGAGAAGCUCAAGGAAAGCCAAGAGAAGGACAAAGCAGAGUCUCUGAAGAUGAGUAACGGCAAUGACAAAAUCACCGUGUCCAAAGACGGAGUCAAGAAAGACAACAGGCCGAGGGAGAAGCUUCUGGUGGACGGGGACCUGAUGAUGACGAGCUUCGAGAGGAUGCUGAGUCAGAAGGACCUGGAGAUCGAGGAACGCCACAAAAGGCACAAAGAGAGAAUGAAGCAGAUGGAGAAGAUGAGGCACAGAUCCGGAGACCCCAAGCUAAAAGACAAGAUCAAAACCUCUGAAGACAUGCGGAAGAAGAGCCUGGAUUUGACCGCCAAGAAACCCCUCGUGCUCGAUACUCAGCUGAAGGACAAAAAGCUCAAGGAGUUGGGCCCGCUGGCUCCCAUCUUGUCCCCAGACAACAAGGCGCAGCCAGCUGUGGGGACAGACUCCAAAGACUGGAUCGCUGGCCCUCAGCUGAAGGAGAUCUUACCCGCGUCCCCCCGGCCCGAUCAGAACCGGCCGACCGGCGUGCCCACGCCUGCCUCCGUGGUCUCCUGCCCGAGCUACGAAGAAGUGAUGCAGACGCCAAGAACUCCCUCCUGCAGCAACGAGGAUUACACGGACCUGAUGUUCGAUUGUGCCGACCCCCAGCACCCGAUGCCCAUCUCCACCAUGUCCAUGAACGCGUGCUCUCCCUCCUUCUUCGACCGAUACGCGAACGCUUCGAGCGGACUCCCUGAGAAUCCAAGCCAGACUCCAACCAGGACCGUGCCCUCCACCAACCUUUACCGCUCCAUCUCCGUCGACAUCAGAAGAGCCCCCGAGGAAGAGUUCAGCGUCGGAGACAAGUUUUUCAGGCAGCAGAGUGUCCCGGCAACGUCAAAUUACAACUCCCCGGUGCAGCACCUGAUGGACGAGAAGGUCCCUCUUCCUUCUAUUCCGGCAGAAAAGUUCCAGUGUUUGUCCCCGGGGUAUUACUCCCCUGACUACGGGGUCCCGUCCCCAAAAGUAGAGGCUUUGCAUUGUGCGCCAGGAGCGGUGAGCCAUGUCAGCCAGUCCCCCGAAAGCGUCUUUUCUGGUUUGCAAGCCAAAUCCUCCCCGUCUCACAGAGAUGAGUUGCUGGCACCCUCUGUGGAAAGUGCGCUUCCUCCUGACCUGGGCAUGCCUUUGGGUACCACCGAAGAGCAGCAGGCCACUGCUUCCAUCAUGCCCCCCGAGUCUACCUUUUUGCCUCCCAUCGAGGAGAACCACUUCAGUUCGGGUAUUUCGGAGCAGAACAAUCUGGACUGGGACAACCCUCCUCCUGCCAGGAACCCCGAGCCCCCCAUUCCUCCCACCUUGAUGGGCAACCCUCCCGACCACCCCGUCAGCUGGUCGGUGGGAUCAGAGCUGCUGCUGAAGUCUCCCCAGAGGUUCCCCGAGUCUCCCAAGCCGUUCUGCGCGCUGGAGCCGAUUCACUCUGCGCCGGUGCCCUUUAUCGCUGCAGAGUCCCCGUACCCGGUGUCUCCCAUCUCGUACCCACUGUCGGUAUCUGAACCAGGGCUCGAAGAGGUAAAGGAAGACGCCGAAGAAGCCGUUCCCGGAGAAAUGGCAGCGGCAGAAGAAGCAGCGCCCUGCAUGUCCCCGACGCGAUUAGACACGUUCUUCAGUACCUGCAAGCCUCCUCCUGAAGAGACCCCGGAGAUGCCUGCGGAGCGCCUGUGCUUGCCCGUGGAAACGCAGGCGGAGGCCGUCGGCAUCCUGGAGAACAGUUACUUGGAGAGCAAUCCCGUGGCCCCCACGAGCACAGAGGAGCCGGUGACGUGGCCUGAUCCGUUCACCAAUUCGGAAGAUGAUUUGGACCUCGGUCCCUUUACCCUGCCAGAGCUGCCGCUUCAGGCCAAAGAGGUUCCAGAGCCCGAACUGGCUGAUGCGGGAGCGGCUCCCGGCGAGCAGGAGGAGCUGCCCCUGAAGCAGACGACUAAUUUGUCGGCGGUGGAACCAGAGCCGCAGCUGGAAGAGCAAAAACCUGAAGUCGCGGCCCCGGAAGCCACGAUGGAGGCGUCGAGCGUCCCCGAGGAGAAGAGGCCGGAAGAAUCGGAGGCCCCGAGUUUCCAGCAAGCGGCCUCGGCGGAGCCGGCCCAGCUAGAAAACAAAGAGGCGGACGCGAGUCGCGAGGAGCUGCCCUCCUCGAACUGCGCGGCGGAAGCUGGCUCCCAAAGCAGCUCGGUCCCGGUGCCUGCCGCCGACAGCGGAGCCGCUCAGGACAGCGCCGCGGUGCGGAGCGCCGCCCAAGCCUCUUCCACCCCAGCAGACGCCCCCCAGCCAGAACCCGUCGAACCCGUGCAGAAACCCGUCGCGGAAGCCCCGAAGCCCCCCAAAAUCGAAGAGAUCCCCCAGCGAAUCACCAGGAACCGGGCGCAGAUGCUGGCCAAUCAGAAUAAGCAGAACGCCGUGGCAUCGGAGAAAGAGUUCGCCCCCGCCUCGGCGCCAGCCACGCGGGCCAAGGGGCGCAUCGCGGAGGAGGAGGACGCUCAGGCCCAGCACCCGCGCAAGCGCCGGUUCCAGCGCUCCAACCAGCAGCUGCAGCAACAGAUCAACACGUCCACCCAGCAGACGCGGGAGGUGAUCCAGCAGACGCUGGCCGCCAUCGUCGACGCCAUCAAGCUGGAUGACAUCGAGCCCUACCACAGCGACCGGUCAAACCCCUACUUCGAGUAUCUUCAGAUCCGGAAGAAGAUCGAGGAGAAGCGGAAAAUCCUCUGCUACAUCACGCCCCAGGCCCCGCAGUGUUACGCUGAGUACGUCACCUACACCGGCUCCUACCUCCUGGACGGCAAACCUCUCAGCAAGCUCCACAUUCCCGUGAUCGCCCCGCCACCGUCGCUGGCAGAGCCGCUGAAGGAGCUCUUCAAGCAGCAGGAAGCAGUGAGGGGGAAGCUGCGACUCCAGCACAGCAUAGAGAGGGAGAAGCUGAUUGUGUCGUGCGAACAGGAGAUCCUAAGGGUUCACUGUCGGGCAGCGAGAACCAUUGCCAACCAGGCGGUGCCCUUCAGUGCCUGCACCAUGCUGCUCGACUCGGAGGUCUACAACAUGCCUCUAGAAAAUCAGGGAGAUGAAAACAAAUCCGUCAGGGACCGUUUCAACGCCCGGCAGUUCAUUUCCUGGCUACAGGACGUGGAUGACAAAUACGACCGGAUGAAGACGUGUCUGCUCAUGCGGCAGCAACACGAAGCCGCCGCCCUGAACGCGGUGCAGAGGAUGGAGUGGCAGCUGAAGGUGCAGGAGCUGGACCCUGCGGGACACAAGUCCCUGUGCGUGAACGAGGUGCCCUCGUUCUAUGUGCCAAUGGUGGACGUGAACGACGACUUUAUGCUCUUGCCGGCAUGACGGUACCCACCCGGGAGGCACUCUCGCUGGAAACCGGCACGGACAGGAGCCCUCCGAGGACAGACGCUGGAGCUCACGUUCAUCCUUCCCACUUGCUGAUGAAUCCCUGGUCAGAGAAAGAGGAAGCAUCUCCCGGCAGAACACACACCAAUACGACUACAAUUGCACUUUCUUCACCACGUCUCCCUCGUUUCUGGCCGGAGCGCGGCGGCGCCCGGCGGCGGGGCGGGGGACGCCUCUCCUUUCAAACCGGUCACCGCCGCAGGGGGUGGCCAGCCCGCCCGGCG